AUGGCUAUCCUCUCCACCCUCAGGGAGCUCUUUCACCAUCUCAUCGACCCUUAUCUCUUCAUGAGCAUAUCCUUUCGCUUCCUCCCCGGCACCAUCCUCGACCUCCUCCGCGCGGGCGACUUCCGCACCCUGCUCUCCCCCUCAGCCUUCAAGGAAGCCUGGUUUGGCAAUACCUGGGCCUUUGUUGGACCCCAGGUAAAGGUCAAUGCCGAGAAGCGCGUAAUUCCCCUGCUCGAGGGCCGCGUGCACAACGGUGAGGUCGUGGAGGACGUCGUCAACCCGCCCAUUGAUGGGCUUGUACUUGAGAUUGGUGCGGGGAGCGGCAUGUGGGCGGAUGUUUUUGCCAAGGGUGGGAAUGGAUUAACCCGUGUAUACGGCAUUGAACCCAAUCCUCAGUCAGCCGCAGCUUUGAGACGGCGUGUCAAGGAGGUUGGGCUCGAGGGUGUUUAUGAGGUUGUUCCCGUGGGCAUCGAGUCUAUUAAUGAUCCCGCAGCUUGGGACGGACGGAUUGAACCUGGAACCGUCGACUGUAUUGUCACCAUCUUGUGUCUUUGCAGUAUCCCUGAGCCUGAAAAGAACAUCAAGCUGCUGUAUGAAAGUCUCAAGAAGGGCGGUCGAUGGUAUGCCUAUGAGCAUGUCCAGGUUGAACAAGGGGGGUUCCCACUCCGCGCUUAUCAAUGGCUCACAAAUCUCUUCUGGUCGCAAGUCAUGGGUUCAUGUCGCAUGUGCCGAGCUACGGGCAAGACAUUAAGAGAGGCUGGGUCGUGGGAAAAGAUUGAUUUGGCGCCACCAGUGGGUGAACCAAGAUUCGAGUUGCUUCCUCAUGUUCUUGGAACAUUGACCAAGUAG